AGAUGUGCCAAGAGGGGAUCACAUCAGUUGUUCCCUUGCAUUUGCUCCGUCAAGUUGUUCGUUCUCUUCUCUCCCAGAGCGCCUUAAGUUGGAUUUAUUUAAUAUAAAAAAUUUUUUUUUGUGUUGAGACUGUUGAGAAAAAAAGUGCAAGUGAAACGAUGAUUACAAGGAUUCAGUGAUUUUAUUUCGUUGGGAUUGAGGAAAGGAGCAAAGGAGGAGUGUUUAAGAAUAAAAAGAAAAUAGUGAUAGUGAAAGUUUUUUCUUCUUCUUUGAGAGAUUCUAAAAGUUAGAUCAGAAGUGAUCAUGCCAAAUACGAACGUUGAAAAUUUAUUUGGUUCCUGGAUGGCACGCAAUGAAGGACGGGCAGGAUCUUCCAGCCCAAAGUACACACCAUUUAAUUCUCGUCACAACUCCCCAGCAUCCUCAUCGCCAUCCACGUCGCCACUGUCCACAUCACCACCUUCAACAUUGCGACGUAGCUACUCGAGCACCUUCACGCUAAUCCCUGAGGAUCGUGCUGUGGAUGAACCCAUAAGAUUUCAGGAUACAACAUAUCAAACGGAAUCCCAUGGACUCUUCUUUCGUCUACUCCUGUGGUGGCCAAUUUUCCUCCUCAAAAUCUUCCAAAUGAUCUUUCGACGUGUUUCUGGAUUCGUGUGGAAUCCUUUUCGCAUUGCAGCUCCGACUUUUUGGAUAUCAGCUGGAUUGUGGAUUUUUUGGAAGCUCCUGGGUUUCCCGUUGACCUUCUUCAAGUGGAUCCUCAUUCGCCUGCACACACCAUCCGCUGAGAGGAAUCGCCGAAAGCGCACAGUGCUAAUAAGUGGUGGAAGCACCAUCCAGACACUCCAUCUUGCAAGGAAUUUCUACACAGCUGGAUCUCGUGUGGUUGUUUUUGAAUUUGAAGGACUCUUCGGUUUAGCCAGAUUCUCCACGGCCGUGAGUAAAUUCUACACUGUUCCAUCACCGGUUCCUGAUUCACCACAUGAAUACGUGGCAGCUCUGUGUGAGAUUGUUGAGAAGGAAAAGCCAUCCUUUUACAUUCCCGUGUGUACAACGAGUGCUGCACACUACGAUGCUCUGGCAAAGCCUCAUUUGGAACUUCUGGGAUGUUUAUCCUUCAUCCCGGGAGCACAGGAAGUGACGGUACUCGAUGAUAUAAUGGAGCUUAUGGUGAAAUGUCGUGCAAAUGGAAUAGCUCUACCACCCCAUCGGAUUGUUCAGAGUAAGGAGGAUCUUUUCCGCCUGUAUGACAUUGGAUGGUUGUCUGGGUUUAGGAAUAUCAUCAUCUCAGCCGGCCCAAUGGGGAUAUUGGAGCGCAAUAAAUUCAUAUUGCCCAGCAACAGACGCGACUUGAGGCUCACGCAUGAGAUUAGUGAACAACGUCCUUGGAUGGUGAUCCGUGAUCUACCCGGAUCGCACUACAUCACGUGCACGACAAUCAAGGAAUCGCGAGUAGUGGCAAAUGUGACGUGCCUCGUGAAUUCAGACACAAAAAGUCUCGUCCCGGAAUGCAAUGAGGAGGUGGAGAAGUGGCUCAAGGAUUUCUUCAAUAAAAUCCGCUUCCAACGUCCUAUAAAUGCACACAUUAGCUUCAGGCUUGUUAAGUGUGACCUCAGUGGGAAUCUUCUGCCAAUGGGAACCCGCAUUGGGGUGUCUCUGCCGUAUAUUUGCUACACUGGUGUACAUCCUCGUGUACUAUGGAAGCCCUGCCCGCAUUUUUCACGACAAAAUUCGGGACCUCUUGUCCAGGAGGGUGGCAGGUAUUGGAUGCAUGAGGCAGUUAUCAAUACACUACGUCACCCAUCCGUGGAUGCAGUGGGGAAACUUAUUGGUACAGUACUGGAUAAGCGAGAGGCUUUGUUUGUCUUUUGGGAUCCACUCCCCUAUUGUGCGUACUACCACUUCCAGUUGCCCUUCAACUCGGUUAAGCAAUUCCUGCAGAAGAGGCAAGCAUCGAGACACACAGCAACCACAAUGACGGCACCAGUUCAUUAAACCAUCCACUAAGUUUUUUUUCCCUCAACUCGUGAGAUUAAAUUUGUGUGUGCUUUGUGAUCUUUUUUCAGUCCAUAUCACCAACUAUUAUUCUCGUGUUUUCCUCACCAGUGGAAAUCACUUUGGCGGUUGUUGGGAGGUCAGGAAGUUUUCGGCUUAAGAUUUUGAUUAAUAGGAAAUUUCCUUUUCUAUUUUAUUUUUUAUAAGACGCUUCGAGGACGUUUUCUUUUUCAUCAGGCAUUGAAAUUAUGCAACAUUCUAUGUCUGACUCACGUGAAUCUAGGAAAUCUGAUCUGUGAAAAAUACUUUCAGCAUAAAAAUUAAAGCAAAAGAAACUUAUUGAUUCACCCAACUAGUAGCCAAAAUACUACUAAACUACGCUGAAAAUGUAAAAUGUCGGGGAAUUGAGUUGGUGAUGAUGAAAUUCCUGUAUAAUUCACAUUUUAGAGCAAAAGUCUCUGGACUUGGGACUUUUAGAGAAUUUCUAUAACGCACACAUGACUUGUUGCAAUGCAAAAAAAGUUAAACUCUGAUUUAUACAUAAUAUAUAUUGCAAAAUACAUGACAGAACGCCCGUUUGAUUGAGAUUAGAAUUUAAGUAAAAUCUUUAAUAUAAUAUGUAUUUUUUAAGAGGCAUAAUAUUUUAUUAGAAUUAUGUAACGCUACAGUACAAUAAAUUAGAAAGUAAAUGAUUUUUUUUUUGCUAAUGUUUAUGGUAAUUUUUGUACUCCUAUAUAAUAUUGAACUUGUGUAGCAAAAGAGAUAAAAUGUGGCUCUCUUUUUUCUAUUUUAUUUUUUACUUCAUUGAAACAUAAUUCCAGAUUGUGUGUUUUAUUUAUGAAUUUUUUGAAUGAUAAUGUGGGCAUGUAAUUAAAAACAGUUCAAAGUUUAUACCUCUUAAUGAUAUUUUUAUUGAAAGAUUGUUUUCAUUGAGUCUAAAGGAGACAAGUUUAUUUUUGUAAGUCCCAGUGAAUGUGAAUUUUUGAAGUAUUGGCAGACGACAAAAAAACCAUUUAUAUGUAUAAUAUUAUAUAUAUUUCUGUUAUAGAAAAAAAAUCUAUUUUAUUUGUUAUUUAUUUGUUAUUACACAUAUUGUUAUCUAUUGAAUAGCUUUAGAUUGAUUUUUUAUAAAUAUUUUUUAUUCAAUAUUCUAAAAAAAAGAAACUUAUGAAUGGGACCAAUAUUGAAGGGGAAACUAAUACCUCUAUAGGGGUACCUACCAAAAUAAAUUUUAUAUUAGGAAAUAAAACAAAAAUCAUGCAAAUACCAUAAGUUAUAUGGACGACAGAAAUACUUGGCUGUAGGUACAAUUACCUCAAUAUACAUAACAUAUUGAUUUGUGGGCAUUUGUGCAGGAUAAUGAACUCAAAAUAAUCCUGCGAUGUUAUAUUUAGUGAGAAAAUUCACGCGGUUUCACAGGCAUAUCAAUCAAAAGUGAUGGAAAUCUCUUAAUAUGAAAUCUUGCAUCAGAAAAUAAAAUAAAAAGGAAUUAUUUUGCGGAAGGAAGAAGGAUGACUUAAAAAAUAUUCUUUAGUUUCUUUUUAUUUUUGCUUUUAAAAUAUGUUUCAUUCAUAAUGAAUUAUGUAUAUAUGGGUGGCAUAAUCAAGCACACAUUGCGUAGUAUUAGGGUUUAACUAUGUUUACAAAUGAAUAAAAAAAAUAUUUAAAAACCAUUUUUAAGAAAAAUAAAGUUUUUUUUUGAAACAUGCAAAAUUAUGUUUUUUUUAGAGACAUUUAAACUUUUUAUUUUUUAAAAAAAGUUUUAUUUUCUUAUCAUUAAAUUAAAAAUUAAAUUACACAUAAUUAAAAUUAAAUAAAUUAAUUUUAAACUACACAGCAAUAUAAAUCUUGAAACAGAAAAUUCUCAAGGAUUUAAAAAUAUUUUUUUUUUAGCUUUGAGGUUUGAAAAAUUUAAUAAUCAGUGAUUUUGGAUGCAUUAGUGUAUGGCGAUAUAUGAAGCUUUUAGUUUAGCUCUUUUGUUUAAUCCCUUUUCUAUUUUUUUUUUUACUUUAUUGCAAUGUCUCUAUAUAUAGAUAUAUUUUAUAUGUAGGCACAUACUUCCUCUUCUGUAUAUACUAUAUUCAUAAAUUCAAUGUAGCUAGGAAAACAAACUCAUCAUAAUAGAAAUGGCGAAAAAGGAGUUUUCAUUUGAUUUAUAUCAAACGGUUGUUUGCGUGCUCUUUACUUACCUAAUAUUUUCUAUAUCUAUCUACUCCUCCUAUAAAUAUACAAACAUAUAUAGCGAUACAAUCAAGCUGAAAAAAAUUUAUACAUUCCACACAAUCACCAUUCUUCUUUGCAAAAAUUUAUUGAUUAUUGAAUUGGAAUAGGUUUGAAUGUGCUAAAGGUAGCAGCAUAAGAAAGGUUUAUUUUGAAGGAAAUCCCUAAAAAAUUAAACUUGGACGUGCAUUGUUUGGAAAUAUAUAUUUUUUCCUAUCAAUAAUUAUUUUAUUCGAAUAAAAAAAUACAUUACGGAUGUA